CCUCCCACUUCCACCAUCAUUUGAAACUGUCACUUCCUCCAUGUAAUUUUGUGAUGUACUUUAACCUACCGUCUCCUUUAAGUCCUCAAUCUGGUGGCAGAGUGUUUGGUGCACUACCGAAACUCCUUGAGCUGAAUCGUCCCCACACUUCCAGUUCACCAUGUCCAGAAAGGUUGUAAGGUCCAGUAAGUUCCGCCACGUCUUUGGCCAGGCUUUGAAAGCUGACCAAUGCUACGAUGACAUCCGAAUCUCCCAGAUGACAUGGGACAGCAACUUCUGCUCUGUUAACCCCAAGUUUGUGGCCAUGAUUGUGGAUGCCAGUGGUGGAGGAGCCUUCAUGGUGUUGCCCCUGAGCAAGACAGGACGUAUCGACAUGUCCUACCCAACUGUGUGUGGCCACACAGGACCAGUCCUGGACAUCGAGUUUUGUCCUCACAAUGACAACAUCAUUGCCAGUGGCUCUGAGGACUGCAGUGUCAUGAUUUGGGAGAUCCCAGACGGCGGGCUGACCACGCAACUCACAGAUCCUGUUGUCAAGCUGGACGGCCACUCCAAACGUGUUGGCAUCCUGAGCUGGCACCCCACCGCCCACAAUGUGCUGAUGAGUGCAGGCUGUGAUAACGUUGUGAUCCUGUGGAACGUGGCCUGUGGGGAGGCAGUGAUGAGGAUCGACAACAUACACACUGACCUCAUCUACAGCGCCUGCUGGAACAGGGACGGCUCCAGGAUUCUCACCUCCUGCAAGGAUAAGACUCUGCGGGUGCUGGACCCACGCAAGGGCACCGUCCUCAUUGAGAAGGAGAAGCCUCAUGAGGGCUCCAGGCCUAUCAGGGCGGUGUUCGUGUCCGACGGAAAGAUCCUCACUACUGGCUUCAGUCGCAUGAGUGAGAGACAGGUGGCGCUGUGGGACCCAAAGAACUUUGGAGAGCCGCUGAACCUGCAGGAACUGGACACCAGUAGUGGCGUCCUUCUGCCAUUUUUUGAUCCAGACACUGGCAUCGUCUACCUCUGUGGCAAGGGGGACAGCAGUAUCCGUUACUUUGAGGUGACAGAUGAAGCUCCUUAUGUCCACUACCUGUCCAUGUACAGCAGCAAGGAGAGCCAGAAGGGGAUGGGAUACAUGCCCAAGAGGGGCCUGGAGGUCAACAAAUGUGAAAUCGCCAGGUUCUACAAACUCCAUGAGAGGAAAUGUGAGCCCAUAGUCAUGACGGUGCCACGCAAGUCUGAUCUGUUCCAGGAGGAUCUGUACCCAGACACCAUCGGUCCUGAGCCUUCAGCCGAAGCUGAUGAGUGGUUUCAAGGAAAAGAUGCCCAGCCUAUUCUGAUCUCUCUUAAGGAUGGGUUUGUAGCAACCACCAAAGCCAAGGAGUUCAAAGUUCACAAGACUCUCCUGAAGACCACGACUGCUUCUGCUGGGGUUCAACAGGAUAACAGUGGGGAGGUUCAGUCCUUGAGAAAGGAGGUGAAAGACCUCAAAGCAGCGAUAGAGGAGCUGACUAAACGUGUGAAGGAGCUGGAGAGCAAGCAUUAAAUUAGAGGAUUUUGAAAAACAAGAAAAAUAAAUCAAGAGUAGACGUCAAGAGAGAAACAUUGGAGCAAAGAAAGACAGUGAGAAGAGAGGACUGUUUUAACUUCUGAUUGUAGUGAGACAAAGGGAGAGAUUUAAGACAACAGUUCUUAUGAAACUUCAUUUUUCUUUGGCUUAAAGCUUGAAUUUGUUUAUUGGUUUGUCUGAUCAAUUUGAAAAAAAUCCUAUUUUAAUAUAUGCUUUUAGUUUAAAAUAAAGUCUUCUGUAUUUUCCAAA